CUUUUCCAUCAGUUUUGUUGAAAAGCUAAAGAGCUGGACUUAAAUAGGAAAUGCUAUUGAGAAUUGUUCUAUCCUAGACAAAAACGUCAGUGUAUCGACUCAGGAUCCUGCCGUUUAAGCGAAAUGAAGUCGGCAGUGUUGUUUGGUUUUUGUCUGGUGGUCGCUUUAGUUGUAGAAUCUUUUGGAGAAGAAAAUGACUAUCGAAUGCGCAAGUGUAAGAAAAAGUGUAAAGUUGGAGAAUGCUGCAGGAUAGUAUGGUAUUGGUAUGAAUGCUUUCAACAGAGAGGACUGGGACAGCCUUGUCGCAAGAAGCCGCCUGCUUAUCUCUGUCACCACGGUUGUCGAGAUGGACUGGUGUGUAAACGUGUCGGCCGUCCCACCCCGGCAGGGGAAAGACAUCCUCAUCACCGCAGGCGCUUCAAAUGUGUCCGUCCACCUCCACCUACAGAGGAGCCUGGUUCUGGAGACCUUUACAUGUAGUCUUACAUAAUAAACUCACAUGAACGUCAGCCCAAUCGGGCACCUUGAACCAACUUUUGUUGUUCAGAAUCUGUCAAGAUAUUUAAUAAAGGGUA